CUUCGACGGCCGGGUUUUGAUACCUAGGUCUUAUCAGCGGCGCGCGUGCGCAUCGGCGGCUACACCGCUCAUUAAAGUCAUUUUUUCACUUGGUGUUGCGCGUCCCCUUGCGACGGGCCUGAGGUACCGCUCAAGCGGAGGUACGUACCUGACGACGCUCCGUUUUCAAAUUAUUGAGUUACCUAUUCGAUAUUUUUAGACUUCAAACUUCGUGCCUCGUUACGACAGGAAAAAUGUGUUUUUAUUCGCGUGUUCGGGCAGUGCGUCAGUCAAGGCACGUGGCAAUGAUUACAGCACAGAAGACCCUUGGACAUGGUCCGCGGUGGAGUCCAAAACCGACCAACUUAAAACCGACGAAACUAUUACCAACCUGAAGAAGAAAAUCGAGGAAUUGCAGAAUGAAAACCGAGAUCUCGUCACGAAUUUGGACCAGCUUGAUCAGAAUCACCAACAAAACACAGAGCAACUUGUUAAAAUGAAAAACAAGUUGAGCGACGAAUUGGAAAAUGUUACUGAGAAAUAUGAGAUACUAAACAUGAAGUAUAACAAAUUAGCCCUGGCAGAAAACGGAUAUAAGAAAAAGAUCAACGAACUGAAGAAUAAGUGCGAAGAAUUAAGAUCUCAAGAUUCCCUCAAAAACGAAAAGAGUAAUAUUUUAGAGAAAUGCAAACUUUUAGAGGAAGAAAAUUCGGAAUUGAAAACCACAAUCGCCAGUUUGGAAUCGGCAAGGAAUAAUUCAGAAAAUCUGACAGAUUCCGAGACACACCUAGCUUCCAUGGCCUCAUCUAUUCAGGAGCUACAGAUGGAGAACAAAGCUUUGAAAAUAGCCCUUCAAACAACUUCCGAAAUGAAAACAUCGAAAGACAACGAUAAAAUAUUCGAGCAAUACGAAAACGAGAUAGCACAGCUCAAAAACGAAUUGCAGAAUCUUAAACUAGAAAAUAAAAAUAAAGACAACAAAGAAAAUAUAUUGGUGGAAACAGCAGACUUAUUAGCAGGGGGUGAAUUUGUAGAAGAAACUAGUAUAUUGAAGAAAGAGGAUGCUCUUGUGAAAGAACAACAAGAUCAAAUUAUUGAACUUAGAAACGAGCUGGAAACACUGAGAAAAGAUAAGGAAAAAGAGAUAUCCAAUUAUUUGGAACAGUUGAAAAUUAAGGAAGUAGAAAAAGAUGAAAUCACGCAUGAGCUGUGUGGGGUGAAGAAAGAAAAGGAUGAUUUGGAGAAAAACUACAUCGAUCUUCAGGAUAUUAAUAGAGAACUGAAGAAUUUAAAAUAUGAAAGCGAAGAAGCCAUUGAACAACGUUACGAAAAACAAAUUUCGGAUUUGAUGGUAGAGUUAUCAGAACUCAAACAUAAAAUUACAUUAUUGGAUAGUAAAAACAAAGAAACUGUAAAAGAAGUUACUUCACAGUUUUCUCAUACACUGAGAGAAAAUUUCAAAGAAUAUUUAGACGAUCAGAAAACGUUGCCUGAUGAUCUAGAAUCGCUGACCAAAUCAGUUUCGCACCAGCUGAAACUUAAAGUAGCCAGUUUAGAAAAUGAACUUCAGGAGACUAAUCAAAGCAAAGUUCAUCUACAGAACGAGAAGGAAGAAGAAAUCGGUAGAUUAUUACGUGAUUCUGAAAUGUUAGAGCAAGAACUUUCGAGAAAAUCUAAAGAACUCGCCGAUGCUGAAGACGAAUGUUCACAGUUGAUGAAGAACAACGAGCUCCUCAUCAGUAAACUAGAGGAGUUGAAAGAAAAUGGACUACAGACUAUAUUUGAAUCCAACGAAGAUAACGUUGCUUCUCUCGAAAAACAACUGGAGAUAGAUUCCGCAAGAAUUUCAGAGUUAGAAAGUAUGUUAGCUGGAAACUGCGGGAAAGGAGUAAAUGGUGAAGAGAGUUCAUCUGAAGAAAAUACUCAAAAACUGCACAAACUUGAGGAAGAAAAUAAAAACCUCCAAGGCACUAUCGAAGAACUCAAGAGCAAGCUUCAUGCUGCAGAAAGUGAGAGGGAUAAUUGCAGGGUAGUCAUCGAUAAAAUGAGGCUCGACUACGAGACCACAGAAUAUCAGUUCAGCGAAAUGAAUGUAAAUCUUGAAACUCUGAGCGAAGAAAUAGAAAAACACAAGGCUAGAAUAGAUCUCUUGCUUUGCGAAAAUGAAAAUCUGAAAUCUGUGAGGGAAGAGGGGUCAAAAACGGAUGAAGAACUUGAAUUAACGAAAAAUGAACUGUGUAUCGCUAAGAAAGAAAGCGAAGAUUCGAUGGAAAAAAUAAGAGAGCUUGUAGAGAAAUACGAACUUGAGAAAAGUGAAUUCGAGAAAGAUAAGGAAAAAUUGAGAUGCCAGGUGGAAGAUUUAAUGAUUCAAAAAACUGCUAUGGAAAAAAGUGUUGAGGAAAAUGCUUCAGAGGUUGAGUCACUGAAGGAAGAGUUGGAAACUUGUAGACGUGACAACGAAUUGCUCAAGGAUGUGUUCUAUUCAUUAAGUGAUGGAAGGGUUUUGGACGAAGGAGCACAAUUGGAUAUUUCGAAAGCAGCAGAGUUCACAAACACCCUGAAAGAACGAUUAGAAAACCUGGAGAAAGAGAACAGGAAUUUAACCUCGGAAUUAAACACAUACAAAAACAAACCUGAAAGUGACGAUGCACAGAAAGAGUUACAAAACCUCAUGGCAUCAAGAAACGAACUGGUAGAGAUCGUACAGACUAAACACCAAGAAGCUCUAACGUAUCACGCAGAAGUACAACGAUUGUCCGAGAUCCUUAGGCGAGAGACGGAAAAAAACAUGCAGAUAGAGAAGGAAAUCGACGAGUUGAAACGAAACUCAUGCCACCCAGAGACUCUCAGAGUCAAGGAGGAAGAGAUCGAGAAGCUGAGGGAUCAGAUCGCCUUCCUGAGGCAGAAAUGCGACGUACUGGCCCAGAGCAUGCUGGACGAACAGCAGAGGGUGGAGAACGAAAAGUUGACGUCGUCGGAGAAGGAGGCGGCUCUGUCCAAGAAACUGGAGAGGCUUCAAGGUCAUCUGAUGGAAGUUGAAGAACACUACACGCAGGAGCUGCUGCAGUCGGAGCAACAAAUUGCAUUGCUACAAGCAAGAUUGAACGAGGUGGAAAAACGAGAGAAAGACUGGAGCAACACUUAUACAUCGGUGAGCAUCAGAGCCAACCAACAGAACGAAUCCCUCACGCAACAGUUACAAUCGAUGACGUCACAGAGGGAUGAAUUCUGUAAGAGGAUGUUGGAUCUAGAAGAUGAGAACAACGUUAAAGAAGCUGCACUCACGAAUCUGCAAUUGGUGUUGGAACAGUUUCAGAGAGAUAAAGAAGCAGAUGUUGUUAGGGAAACAGAGCGCAUUAGAAGGCAGGUUAAACACGAGCAACAAAUCCAAGAAGAUUUGAGGAAAGAAAUAACAACUUUGGAGAACCAGAUAAAGGAGAGCAAGCAAGGAUUACAGGCUGCUUUGCGCUUAACGGAUCAAUUGGAGAUGUCUAAGAACCAAGUUUCAACACUAAAGGAGGAGGUUUCAGUCCUUACUGAAAAGCUGCACCAUAAGGAAGAAGAACUCAAGGCGGUGACUAGCCAAACUGACGGUAAAGUGGACAAGUCUCUCGUCAAGAACCUCGUCAUAGGUUUCGUCACGUCCAACAAGAACCUGAACAAGGACCAGAGGCAGAUUUUGAAAAUCAUAGCCACCGUUCUCGAUUUCAACGAGCAGGAACACAAGAAGGUCAACCUCAACCAGGAUCAUCAAAAUACCUGGCUGAAAUCUCUGCUUUCUCCGAUGGCGGACGACGUUCCUCCGAACGAGUCGUUGUCCAGGGCUUUUGUACAUUUUCUGGAGAACGAAUCCAAGCCUAGGGUGAUUCCCAGUCUUCUUCCUCAAGGUAAUAGUAGCGAAACGUCGUCCACUUCUGCCAGUAGUGCCAGAACAUCUCCAACGCCGAUAGUUCUUAACGAAAUCGUUUUGCCAACUUUCUCGGACUUUCCGCAGCAUAGAAAUUCUAGUUCGAUUCUGAAGGGUGUUCUGAAGGACAACCCUUAAAUAUG